AUGAGGCUUCUCCGCCUCCGAUUUGUGUCGAAGAAGGAGACUGCUAGGCAAUUUACACCCCCCCCUCCCCCUCCCUCUUUCCAACGGUACGGGACCUACACUAACGCGGUGAAGGUGGUGAAGCUGAAGUUUGACCUAGAAGCUUCCGAGAACACAAUAGCCAAUGAAAGAUACGAUUUGGACUUCAAAACUACCGAUGAAGGAUACAAUUUGAACUUCAAAGAAGCCAAUGAAGAUGUUGGUGGAGAUGAAGAAGUUAGUCUUGGUUUCGUCUCGUCCUAUAUAAACCGCCAGAGCAAUUCAGCCCUCCUCCUUCCACCUCUUCUCCGUCUGAGCUGCAAAUCCAUCGAUCUAUCACUUCCAUCGGUGUCAAUUAGUUGCUAUUCUUAUGUCUCUGAAUCCAGGAAAUUAGAAUCGCAGCAGCAACAGGAGUUGAUGGAAUCGCCGGGUGCUGAUUGGUGUCCGGAAUCCGAGUUAGAGCUUCAGAAGAUGUUAUUGGAUCUUACAUCUUCUGACGAAUUCAAGAAGAAGAAGAUGAGAAUCACGAAAGAAAUGAUCAAUGAUGUGAUCAGCAAGGCAAACAAGCCGCUCAGUAAAGGCGAGGUCUUGUGGCGCUUGAUGAUGCAGCUCAACCUUGAUGUUGGUCGCGACUGUUCUAGGAAUCUUGAGCAAUCAGGCCCUUCUGGUACCUCUCAAAUCGAGUCACAAUUGGACUGGGAAAGUCUCCUGUCUGCAAUCAAUGAGCAAACUGUAGAGCAUUCGAGAGAACCUAGCGUUAUCAGCGAGAGCACUCUACAAAAUGCUUCGUUGGAGUCGCUGCUUCAAAUGAAAUGCAGGCUCGAGAAGGAAGUGCAAGAGUGGAACGAUUGGGGUACGCAAAAGGUGAUGCAGGCGGCCCAGAGGUUGAACAAGGACAGGGACGAGCUUCAAUUACUAAGAAAACAACAAAAGAGGAAUCGUCAAUUAAUGGAAGCGCUUAGAAUGGUGCAUGACGGUGUGAUGGAAGAAAACAUAGCCCAGGCUAAGGAACUUAAAGAUAAGGCUCGUAAAAUGGAAACGUUGAAUGAUCAACUGAGGAUGGAACUGAAAGAUGUAGAAUUGCACGCUGCAGAAGUGGCAGCGAAUAGUGAAAAUGCUUCAAGAAGGAUGGAGGAGUACCUCAAAAAGUUACAAUCAUCUGAAGAAGAAAAGCUCUCGCUUAAAGAUCAACUUGCAGCUGAAAAGCGUCGCUUUUUUCAAUUGCAACAGCAAUUGAAGAAAGCCAAGGAUCUUCAUGAUAAUAUGAAGUCUCUGUGGAAGAAAGAAGAGAAGUUGAAGAAUGAUGCUCUUGAAAUGGCCGAGAAUGAACGCAAGGAGCUGGAGCAGAUCGAGAUGUCGGCAAAAUCACGAGAAAAUGCAUUAAAAAUUGAAGCAGAAAAUAAUUUGCAGAGAUACAAAAAUGAUAUCCUUCAGCUAAAGAAUCAAAUUGCACAGCUAAAAUUAGUGGAAAGUUCAUCAUCCAACAUUUAUCUUUCUGAGGAGGAAUCGAAGUCUGCUUUAGAUCGUGAAUGGGAAUGUGUGAUGUGCCUAUCUGAAACUGUGUCCGUCGUCCUGCUUCCUUGUGCCCACCAAGUUUUUUGCAGACAAUGCAACGAGCUUCAUGAGAAAAAGGGCUUGAAAGAGUGCCCUUCCUGUAGGACUCCUAUCCAGCGAAGAGUCAGUGUUCGAUCAACUGAUGAUCCUUACCCUGAUCCUUACCCUGAUCCUUACCCUGAACUCCUUAUUUACUUGGCUGAAGAUUCAGACUACACUGCUCUUGGAAAUCCUACUGCUUUUUGA